AGACAGCUAAUGUGCCUGGUGCCCUUUCGCUUUCAACCGUCCCACGCAGACUUCCCUCUUACCCUUAUCGACAACGGCCAAAGGCCAUGCAAUGACGACUUCUGCUGUGUUAACGUCAUUACGCUUAAGCUCGGGUCACACCAACGCCGGGCAAGCUCGCUAGGCUGCCCGAAACUGAUGGCUCCUUAGCACUGCACAAGCCUUUCGAUGCGUGUGGAGAAUGAGCGAAAACAUAGAACAAAACAGGCUUCGGCGGUGCAACGCACGGCGAAUGAGCAGCGGCACGGUCGAGGGGCUCGCAGGAAUGUGGCAAGGCCAAACGGGGCCAGGACGAACAGGGCUGCUGGGGCUGACAUCCCAAUUGACGAUGGACCUGCGAGGCGGCAAGCUGCUCGUCGGCAAGGCUGACACUGCCUCGCGCAGCCCGUUGGACUGCUCGUCCCCAAGCGGCACAAUCCCGCAAACCCGCGCCCGCUCCGUGGCCGCCUUCGCAGCAGCCGCCAACUCACCUCGCCUGCACGGCGUCGGCUCCAUCCUCAGCCACAGCUCGCAGUGGCUGGGUGCGGACUUCUUCCUGGUGGUGCACGUGCGCGAGGCGCGGGACCUGGGGCCCGGGCGGAGCGCCACAUGCGACCCCCUGGUGCGUGUGAGUCUGCAGCGGGGCGGCGGCGCCAAGCCGCGGCCGCUGCUGGAGGCGGAGACGCGAGUGCUGCUGCGCAACCGCAACCCCAUGUGGGAGCAGAGCCUGACCUUCCCGCUAGACCAUGUGUCUGAGGACAUGGAGCUGCAGCUGCGGGUGCGUGACAACGACAUCCGCCACUUCGAGUCCUUCAUGGGGCAGGUGUCCUUGUCCAUGUGGGAGGUGCUCAACGCAGUGGCGGAGCUGGGGCAGGAGAUCAGCUACAGCAUGCCCCUGUACGACGACUCGGGCCUGGGGCGGCUGCGGCCCGGCACCCUGGCCUUCGGGGUGGCGGUGCACGCCAAGAGCACCUACAAGGAGCUGCUAGCCUCCCGCGCGGCGCUGCAGGACCCCAGUCAGAUCCAGCAGCUGCUGCAGCCGUACACACUGCACCUGCAGCUGCAGGGGCUGAGGGGGCUGGCGGGACCGGCCGCAGCACCGGCGGGCGCCGGGCUGGCAGUGCACGUGGGGCUGGCGGGCUAUGGGGCCAGUCGGCCGCUGCGCUGCGCGGUGGUGGGCGGCGAGGCCGACCCGCCCGACAUGGAGCUGGCGGUGCCGCUGGGUCGGGCGCUGGCGGGCGUAGCGGGGCUCAAGGGCAAGGCGGCGGCACGGGCACAGUUUGGCGACGUGCGCAUUGAGCUUCACAACUCCAAGGGCCGACUGCUGGCCAAGACGCAGGUGCCGCUGUGGAGCGUGCCCUUCGAACACCAGCACCACCAACACCAGCAGCCGCAGUUGCAGCAGGUAGCGGAUGGUCCACACGCCGUGCACGGGCACAGCCCACCACGCCAGGACCGGCAGCAAGGCGAGCCCGGGCCAGCAGCACCAGCGCCAGGCGGGCCCGGCGCAGACGCGGCAGGGGCCGAGGCUGGGGCUGGGGCACUGACAGGAGACGCGGGGGCCGCUGAGGAGGACUGUGGGUCGCAGCAGGUCUGCACUAGCAGUGCCGACAACGGCAGUGGCAGUGGCUGCGGAUCAGGUUCAGCAGCAGCAACCGCUGGUAGUGGGAGCUCCACCCAUGCCGCCGCCGCUGCCGCGGCUGGACCCUCCAAAUCCCCAGUGAGCUCGCCUUUCGCGCAAGCGUCCAGCGCCGCCGCUGCGGCGGCGGGGGUGGCCGCUGCCGCAGACGCCAGUGCCACGGCCGAGGACGCCAGCACGCGCAGCCGCGGCAGUAGCAGCGCCGCCGGCGUCAGCGAGGGCGACGGAACCGGAAGUAGCAGCAGCAGAAGCAGUGACCGCACCAGCUUCAGUGCCGCCAGCACUGCGGCGGAAGGGCCGCCAGGAGAUGCAGGUGGCUUGCGCGGAGGGGAGACGGGGGCGGCAGUAGCAGCCGAGGUGGCAGCGGUGGAGGCGGCAGUAGCAGCCUACGACCCGUCAUACAACCGACACAGCUUGGACAGCGGCCUGAGUCCUCCUCCGCUGUCUGCAUCUCGGGGCCUGGGGGCGAAGGAGCUCGAGGCAGACCCGGCAGUCGCCACACCUGCCACAGUUGUGGCUGUGGCUGCUGCGGUGGUGGCGGCGGAAACAACGCCAGCGGCAGACGCCGCUCCGCCGGCUGUAGCACCGCUCUGGGCGGGGCGACGCUACUGCCGGCGCAUGGAGCGGGUGGACAAGAGCGCGCUCAGCGGCGCCCCCACGGUCAUUGUCAACAUGCAGCUGUGCCUGGCAGCGGCGCCGCCAGCAGAAGGCGACCUGAGUCUGCUUGGCGAGGAGCUGGCGGCGGCGGUGUCGCGGCAGUCAGCCUCCGCCGCGUCACUGGCGUCAACGUCUGCCGGCGGCUGGCGGGAGGUGAUGCAGGCGGAUGGCUCGUACAGCGGCGCCAGUAGUGGCAGCGGCGCCAGUGCCGCGCCCUCCCAUCUCAAGUCCCUGGCGGGCGGCCUGACACGGCCGCUGGUCCGCGGCUUCACCACCCUCAUCGGCGUGGUGGCCGGGGCCAGCGAGGGCAGCGGCGGCGGCGGCGGUGGCAACGACGGCACCUCCAGCAGCAGCGGCAGCAUCAGUGCAGCGGCCGCAGCAGCCGGCUCCGCCGGAUCCGCUGGCAGCGGCGGGAGCUCAGUGACCACUGGCGCCGUGCUGGCGCCGCCGCCACAAGGGCGCCGCACCGGCAGCACCACCGCCGGCAGCGCCGCCGCCAGCACCCUCGCAACCACCUCGGCCGAGUCCGGUGCCGCCUCCCCGCCCGCACACAGCGACGCGCCCCAGCCGCCCGCGCCGGGUGCGCCUGCUCUCCAGGGUCACAUGCGCGCCGACGUCCCGCCCGCCGCCGCCGCCGCCGCCGCCACGGACGCGGACGCGCUGCUGACCCACAGCCCCAACGCGGACCCGUUCGACUUCUGGAGCGUGGAUGUGGCCGAGCCGUGUCUGGCGGCGCUGCUGCCGCCGCUGCCGCCUCUGGAGCACGUGGUGGGGGACUUUGUGGUGCGCACCGGGCCGCACGAGCUGGCCAACGCGCUGUUCGGACACCAGUCACCGGUCACGGCCAGGGUGGCAGACGGCAUGGGCGUCACGGCUGCUGUGGUGGUGGUGGGCUGGGGCCCUGACAAGGAGGGCCGGGCGCCCAUGGCCCGAUACAUGACCUACCUCACCCCCACGCCCCUGGUCGGCACCACACCCGUGGAGCACACGCAGAGGAUGGUCGCCAAGACGGAUGCGGGGUUCAUCGUGGAGAACCGCAUCACGCCCAACCCGAUGGGGGUGGGCCGCGUGGUGACCAUCACGGUGCAGGUGGUGGGCCGGCACGCGGGGCCGGGCAAGACGCGGCUCACAGCCUCACUCAAGGCCGAGUGGUACGGCAGUCGUGCGCUGUACCUUCUCAAGGGACGGGUACUGGCGGCGUGCCCCAAGGAGUCGCGCGGGUACUACAAGCAGCUGCGGGCGGAGCUGGACAAGGUGUUCGGCGCCGAGGACGUCUCACCAGCCACAGAGGGGGCGGUGGCCACCGCCGCAACCCGCUCGCGUGUCGCCGCCGCCGCCGCGGCGGCGGACGCCUCUCCCGCUGCCGCUCGGCCCACGCCCAUCCCCGUUGCCCUCUCGGGUGUCGCGCCGGGCUACGUGGAGACGGCGGACGCGGACAAUGAGGCGCUGGCAGCCGCCGCCGCCCUGGCGGCCAGCGGCGGCUCCGCCGCCGGUGCAGCCGCAGUGCUGCGCACCAUGUCAUCCAGACGCCGGGGCUUGUCUGCUGCUGCGACGGCUGGUGCUGCCUUGACCGCAGCGGCGGACGGCGCGGCCCAGUCACAGGCUGGUGGGUUGCUUGUGGCGGCGGCGCUGGUGCUGCUGCUGGUGGCGUUGGCGCUAGGGUUUGUGCUGUGGACGGCGCUGGGUGCGCUGAGGUCUGCGACCGAGGAACUGGCGGACAGUCGGCGGCAGCUGGAGCGUGCAGCGGGCUUGCUGGAAGCCGCCGCGGCGGCGGCGGUGCAAGCCGCAGCGACGGCGGUUGGGAGGGCGCCGGGCGUUGAAGCAACCCUAGCUGCGUGCAUGGCGGGCGAAUGAGCGAGCCUCUUCGCUUCUUGUUUGUGAGCGAGUCCGUCCAGGGCUCCGGCAGGGUGUCCGAGUAAAGGUUCUGCAUUGUUGGAUGUAACUAGGCGCGCGGCGUUGGUUAUAGAUGGAGGGCUGUAUGGAUGCCUGUCGCACUGCCGCGACGCGCACGCACUAAGCAAUGAUCAAAUUUGGAUUUCCUGUCUUGCCCGUCUUGACGAGACGCGGGAAGAAAUCGACACGUGUUGGCGACAUUUAAAGACGGCACAGUCAGGGCGAACAAGCAAGCAGACGAGCACGCACCUGUUACUGCCAUAUCGGGUGCACGCACACAGCCGCAUGUACGCCAACAGCCCAUGACCGCAUGUGAACAUUUGAACGGCACCCCAGGACGUGCUGCACUUGCUGGCUGUGUGUGAGAUUGUGACACAUGUGCCCUUUCCCCCGUUUCGCUCUGGCAUGUGCUGCAUUCAGUGCGGCCAUAAAUGCCCUUGUAUGAAUGCUGAUUAGUACUGGGGCGUUUUGUAUCGCCCCGGGCUGUACGGAGGCUCGAUAGGGUGGACCGUCCACGGCUUUGCAUGUUGUCUUGCUGCAGCUUGGACUGAUGACGCAAGGCGCAUCGGCCGUGCAGGCGAGUGCUGCUCAAUGGUACUGCUAGUAUGACGUAUGUACGCCUUGUUGAUAGGAGAGCGCCCACGAGAGCGCCCCGGUGGGCGUCGUAGGGCCCAACUUAGCCCCUGCGCCCAGCUAUCAGUGCCGACUGAUCGUGGCCUGCAUCGACGUUUGUUGUAGUCGAUAUCAAGG